AAGUCCUGGAAGUGCUACUCGGAGAGGAGGUAUUGGAAUUCUAUCGCUGGUCACACAGCCAAAAGAAAGACCUCAGUAUCCCAGAUCUUUUACAGAGAAUGGCUGUGAUGCAGCAAAAGAUUGAAACACAUGAUAGGAUUCUGGCCUCCCUUCGGCGAAAGCAUCCUGAUGGAGAUGAGAUGAAUAGCAAUGACCCGGUGGCAUACUUAGAGGGGCCCUGUACAAAUAACCAGGCAAGGGGCCCUGAAAGUUACCAGUCCUCUUUACCAGACCCUUCGAUUGGAGAGGAGGAUGCUGAUUAUUCAGUCAGUGACUUCUGGAGUCUGGGAAAAGAGGUGGAGCAAUUAGCAGGUAGAAUAACCAUGUUGGAAGAGCGCUGUGGCAACUGCACUGGGCCCUCUGGUGGUUCUGUUCUAGAACUGCAGGCAAAUAUAGCAUCCCUACAUCAGACCCUGGAGGAUCAUUUGAACAUGUUUCAAAACCUGUUCAGUAAUACAGAAGAACUAGCCAGCUCGACUAGAAGCCUGAAUCUAGAUGAAGUUUGGAGACUGGUGAGAAAGAAAGAAGGCAAGAGAAGGGGGAGCCAAAAGCAAGAAGAUCUGAUCAAAAGAGAAGAAAAGUCUUCCAGUGGACGAAGAAAAAGAUACAUAGAAAGAGAACAUGCUCAGUUACCACAUUCCCCCGUGGUGUUCAUAACAAGCCUGGACAACAGAAGAGGACCAAAUGGGGAGCUCACAUCGAAAAACUUGGCUGUGAACUAUGGUGGUACAUUUAAUCCUACAUCAGGGGUGUUCCAGGCAACUGAGACUGGAUUCUAUCUCUUCUUAGUGACCUUAGACUUUGAGAGAGGCCUUUCAUUGGCUGUACUGAAGUGCAGUGGAGUUCCAGUGGCCUCUCUCAGACAGGAACAAGGUGAAAAAAGGGGACCAGUUAGCCGAGCCUCCCUGCUGGAGCUUCGGCAAGGGGAGACAGUUACAUUAGAAUUGAUGCAUGGAUCAUUACGAAAAGCGCAGCCUUGGGACAACACACUGUCUGGACUAUUGCUCUUCAUUACAGAGCACAAGGACAUGCUGUGAAGAGAAAUGGGUGAGCAACCAAGGAAUGGGAGGAUACGUUUGAGUCUUGCUGUAUUUUGUAUGCAUGCAGCCUCUUCUUGAAGGUGCCAAAAAUACUUGUUGAAAUAUUAUGUUUUGUAACUGAUUUUGGAAUAUUGAGAAAACAAGGUAAGUUAAAGAAAUAAGAGGAAGACAGUUAUAUAACAGACACAGUUAGAUAACAACAGUCCUUCUGUUGAUCUGUGGAGGAUCUAAUAAUAAGGCAAGGAAUACAUUAUGGAAGUAAUGGAACCAGUUUCUAUUAGGCAAUAUGAAUAAACAAAAGGUACCAAUAGUGAGGGAAACUCUGUACAAAAAAUGGACAUCCUGCAAAUCAUGCAUUCAAAUGAUCACAUUAAAUGCAAAUGUCAAUCAAGAUUUAAACAAUGUUUGUGUACUAAAAUAAGGCAAUUUACUUAAAAAAUUUAUACAUUGGACUAAUUCUGUGUACAGAACAGAUUUUCUUGGUAAACAUAAGGCACCUCUCUUAAAUCCAGAUAUUGUGCACAAUAAAAAAAAAAAGUUAAUAUUAUUCAGGCCAUUUUACACGUUUCCUUACACAUUAAACAAUUAAGUCAAACGCAUUGUGUAGUCAUUUAUCAAGCCAGAUGAGCUUAAAUGAGUUCAAAUGUGAUUUUCGCUAACUGGCAUGAUUGUAAUGGACAGAAUAGGCUUGAGCACAACUGCAGCCCAAACAAUAAGAAAAGACACACAAGCAAUGGGAGAUCUGAAUCUUCAAUGCAAAGCAAAGGUUUUUGUAACUGUAUAAUUUAUAUUUCCCAGUCUGCUAUAAUAACUUAUUUAAAUGCACCCCAAUGAUAUAACCUGAUCUUCAAGGCAGAAAUGACCAACUUGUCUUUCAAGGCAAAGUACCCUGGUUUUGACGUUAAACCUGUAUUUUGUACAGGUAACCUGUAUAGUGCUAACAAUUUUCAUGUAUAUGAAAGGUGAACUUAAGUUGUAUGUCCUGACUUUUCAGUAAAUUACAGAUAAAGGGACUAGUUUUACACAUUAUAUCAAAGACAAAUAAUGAUAAUUCACCCACACUUUCAUAGGAAGUUAUUAAAUGUAGAAUUUCAUCUUAUAGUCAUAAAUUUAAUAUUUGAAAGGUUGAGCUGCUCUGGAAAACAUUGAGAAAGUCACAAGUUACAAGAACAGUGUUAAUAGUCCUGCAAGUAAAAAUAUCUUACCACAGUAAUUCAUACUAUAUGACAUGACAUGAAUAAAUAGCACAUGCAUUUGGAUUAUUCUAUCACAUCAGACAUUUAUGAGUCAUAUGAUACCCAAGCGUCACAACAUUAGAUUCAAGGCAAAACUUUUUAAAUGAG